CAGGCGCUCACAUCAUACGACUAAACCAUUUACUGCGCGUUCAUCGUGCUCAAACCUUUUCAGAAUGUCGACGGCAACGAAAACCAAGUCGGAGCCUGUGGCAGACUUGAACCCGCGCACGACGUCCUAUGAGUUCCUGGGCCCACCAGGUGCCUUUCUCAUCUCAUUCGGCGUCCCUUUCAUGACGUAUCUCCUGUACUUCGGUUGCUCAGAAGAGUCUGGCGGCUGCCCUCCUCCUUUACAAUCUGUUCCAGACCGGUUCGUGGCAGCGUUGAGUGACAAGACCUUUUGGGCUAGUCUGUGGGAUACCGAGGCUAGUUUGAUUUACUUGGUAUGGUACGCAUUUUGUGUUGUUGCAUGGGCGGUGCUCCCCGGAGAUUGGAUUGAAGGUGUGACUAUGCGUACUGGGGAAAAGAAGAAGUACAAAAUCAAUGCCUUUUCAACAUUCCUCCUUGCAAUGGGCAUUUCCUGUGGCUAUAUCCUUCGCAACGGCCCCGAAUCUUUCACUUUCAUCUACAAAAAAUGGAUUGGAUUUGUCACUGCUUCGCUUGUUAUGUCCUUGGCGCAGGCCUUCUAUGUGUACGCAAGCUCGUUGCGCUCGGGCGCUCUCCUCGCGCUUGGCGGCAACUCGGGAAAUUUCAUUUACGACUGGUAUAUUGGCCGCGAGUUGAACCCCUCCAUUGGUUCCUUUGACAUCAAGUCCUUCAAUGAGCUCCGCCCCGGCCUCAUCCUCUGGGUGUUGGUGAACGUAAGCAUGGUUUGCGAGCAAGCUGUGCGCCGUGGGGGUUUCACGAACGUGACCGACUCGAUGUGGCUUGUACUCGCAUUCCAGACCUGGUAUGUCGCUGAUGGACUAUAUAACGAGCCCGCCAUUUUCACGACCAUGGACAUCACAACCGACGGUUUUGGGUUCAUGCUUGCUGUGGGCGACCUCACUUGGGUGCCUUUCGUGUACUCGCUGCAGGCACGCUACCUUGUGUUCAAGCAAGUGGAGCUUGGGCCCCUUUGUACCGCUGGAAUACUUGGUCUUAACCUCCUUGGAUAUUAUAUUUUCCGUGAUGCUAAUGGAGAGAAGAAUGAUUUCAGAAAUGGAAGGAAUCCCAAGAACUUGAAGUACUUUACGACGUCCACGGGCUCGAAGCUUCUCACUUCGGGGUGGUGGGGCCGAUCAAGGCAUCCAAACUACUUCGGCGACUUGUUGAUGGCACUUGCAUGGUCGCUUCCUACUGGGUUCGACACACCAAUCACAUACUUCUAUGUCGUGUACUUCGCAGUUCUGCUCAUCCACAGGCAACGCCGUGACGAUGAAAAUUGUGAGAAGAAGUACGGUAAGGACUGGGAGACGUACAUGAAGCUGGUACCCUGCCGUAUUAUUCCAUACGUUUACUAGGGACGAGAUCUGGAUAUGCUAAUUCCACAGAGGAGAGGUCGCGGCAACGUCAAUGUAUUGUGGUAUGCUAACUAGGAACAAUGCAGAUAUUCCCCGAUUCCACGUAGUGAGGGAUUUCUCAGAUAGAUGAAGUCUUUUUUGUGAAACAUUAACCUUCCUAUCAUGUCAACUAAGUCUAUGGAGUGUCUCACUCAAAAACUUGCG